AUGGCCCAACCACAAAACAAUUCAAGUUCUUCGACUAGACGAUCAUUAAGAUUAUUGACUGCUGAACGGAAAUCAACAAUAAACAAAGCAAAUAUCGAAGAAGAAGAAGAAGAACAACAACAACAAACAACGACAAAACGUCAAGCAAAAUCUAAAGCACUUGAAGCUAUUUCAAUAAGUAAUAAUAAACGUCGCAUAGAAACUGAGUCUGAUAUAAAUCAGGAUCAAGAAGAUACUAGAAAAAGUUCGUCCUCACUAUUUCGUAAUAGUAGUAGUGGUAUCCAUGCAUCGAGUAGUCUAAGAAGUCAGAAGCACAGUGACAAAUUAUCAACUACGAAAUCGUUAAAACGUCAACGCGACUCAUCGUCAUCUGCCGACGACGAAGAAGAAGAAGAAGAAGAAGAUAACCAUUUAUUAAUACAAUCAAGGCCAAAAAGAGAUUCUGCGCCGAUUGUGCCUGAUCAUAAUCCUAGAAAACAAAGUGAAAGUACAGAUACGGGGAACCUUUGUGUUAGACGAAGAACAGGCGGACGAGAACAAAAUACAGUUGUAAGUGAUCCUUCAACUAGUAAUAAUCGACGAGCACGUCGUUAUACAAGAAAAUCCUAUAUUGACUAUUUGACAACGGGUCAAUCCUCCUCUAGUCGUUCAUCGGCGCCUGUGUCUAAUAUCACCGGUACAGCAAGCCGACCUUGCCAUUCAAAUAAUACCGGUAUUGCAUCUACAGGCAAUCCACUACAUUUAUUUAAUUCACCUGCUUAUUAUCAUCCAAAUUCCUCAUCUCCUCCGCCGUCAUCAUCAUCAGCUCAAUCUUAUUCUGGUAUUGUUCCAACAACAUCAUCAACAUCUCCCUUCGUUGCUAGCGCCAUUCCUCAUAGAAAUACAAAGCAAGCGUUACAAAUGUCAACUGAAAGUGAUACCGAUCCUGAUACGAGUCCAUCGGCACGUGAUAUUUUAAAUGAUUCAAGUUUUGGUCGUAGUGGCUCAGCAAGUGCAGCUCUAUUUCAUACUCUAUCGGGUCGUGUUCAACAUCUAAUGAGUAGAGUUGGAGGUGGAAGUUCAAUAAAUGGACGUUUACAACAAUAUAUACAAAAUUUACAAUCACCUGAUCCCGAUGUAAAAUUAACAACACUCAAUGAAUUAUGUUCUUUUCUUGUUAUGAGUAAUGAAGAUACAUUACCGGGAUUUCAAUUUCGUGCCCUUUAUCCACCACUACGUGAUUGUUUAGCAGAUGAAAAUGAAGCAAAUGCUGAAAUUGCUUUAACAGCAUGCCGAGCAUUAACCUAUCUUAUGGAAGCUUUACCACGUUCAGCUAUUCAAGUUGUUGAAGCUACACCUAUACUUUUAAAUAAAUUACGAAGUAUAACAUCGAUUGAUAUAGCUGAACAAGCAUUGACAGCGUUAGAUAUGAUAUCAAAAAGAAAUGCAAAACAAAUUCUUGUUUGCGAUGGCAUUGAUGCCUGUCUUGAAUAUAUUGAUUUUUUUUCGAUAACCUCUCAACACAAAGCUUUAUCUAUAGUUGCAAAUUGCUGUAUACAUAUCGUAACACCGAAUGAUUUUAAAUAUAUUCGUCAACAGUUAGAAAAUCUAUCGAAUCGUUUACGUUCAGAUGAUAAGAAAACUAUUGAGCAUAUCUGCUCAAUAUUUACGCAUUUAGUAGAAAAUUUUUAUAGCGAUUCCGCAAUCUUAUGCGAAUUAGCAGCACAAGAAUUAUUGAAAACAAUGCAAACGAUGAUUAUUGUACAACCAUCCAUAUUAAAUAGCGUGACAUUUGUUAGUAUUAUUCAUAUGCUUUAUAUUUUUUCGGCCUGUUGUCCAAUCCUUGCAGUUACAUUACUUAAAGCGAAUAUAGCUGAAACAUUAAUAUGUCUUCUAACGGGUUCAGUUGAUGGUAAAAUAGUAACGAAAAAAUCUAUAACUUAUAAAUCUGCUGCUCUAUCGAUUAAUGAAACAGCUAAAUUACAACCAAUAAAUAAUAAUAUUGAUAUUGUUGCACGCACACCACAAGAACUAUAUGAAAUUGUUUCAUUGAUCGGAGAAAUGCUACCGAAAUUGCCAAGUGACGAACCAUUAUUUCAAGUUGAUCAGUUAUUUCGAGCUGGACGAGCAUACGAGAGAGGCCUAAAUGGAAGCGUGCUAUGGCAUUGGCAAGAUGAUGAAGGUCAAUUGCGUCCAUAUUCAUCACAAGAUUCUCGAACGAUCGAACAUGCUUGGCAACAGCAUGAAGAAGAAGUUCAAUUAGUUAUAUCCGGUCGAAAUUAUCUUCUUGAUUUACAACAGUUACAACAAGUCAAUGAAGAAACGAGUCAAGCACGCUUUAUUAAACGUAUUACUGCACCUAACACUGCUGAACCCACAACACCACCUGGUUCACUUUCAACUGAUGAAUUAUCAACAACUCCAUCUUCACCACCACCACCAACUACUGCAAUGAAUAACUCAGUUGAUGCUCGUACGGAGAUCUUGAAAGAUAAUGUCGAAUUAUUUAAUUCAUUUGUUCAAUCAUUAUUUCCUAUUCUCUACGAAGUUUAUAAUACAUCUGCUGGACCAGCUAUCAAACAUCGUUGUUUACAAACUAUACUUCGCAUGAUAUAUUAUUCAUCAACAGAUUUACUUGAAACAAUCUUAAAACAACAAUCCAUAUCGUCAAAUAUUGCAUCGAUGCUUGCAUCAUGUGAUUAUAGAAUAGUUAUUAGUGCAUUACAAAUAUCAGAAAUUUUAAUGAAAAAAUUACCGGAAAUAUUUUCUGUAUAUUUCUAUCGAGAAGGUGUUACGCAUCAAAUUGAAAUUCUUAUUGGCUUUGGUUUAUCAUCGUCAUCAACCAAUAUAUCCUUAGCUCAUACUCAUAAUACAACAACAACUCACAGUCAAGUGGAUAUUGUUCAUAUGAAUCUGCCUCCAGCAUUACCAACAAAUCCAGAAUCUUCAGAUGAUCAAGUAAUUCAAACACAUAGUAAUGAUCCACCAGUAACAACACCUUGUGAUUCUACAACACAAAAAUUUCCCUAUCGUACAACAGCAACAUCAUCUCGUCGUUUUCAAACAGAUUCAAAUCCAACUAAAGUUGAAACACGUUCACAACGUUCACGUAUUCCUGCUACAUCAUCGAGUUCUCGUAUGAAAUCAACAAUACAAUCAAUGUUCGAAGAAAUGACAUCGUCAAAUCCAUCAGAAACAUCAGCAAUACCUAUUGGCCGUGGUCGUUCGACACGUGGUGCUACCAAUUCAGGAUUAUUUCGACCAACAACUUUUGAUCCUGCAACUCAUUAUGGAUUAUCAUUAGGAAAUCGACCUCGUCUAACAAACCCCACGUAUGUACCAUCGCCCUAUUUACAACAACAAACAGCAUAUACCUAUGCAACCAGCGCACCAGCAGCAGCUUCAUUACUCAUGUCAACUAGUCUAUCACCUCGACAUCAACAUCAACAUCAACAUCAAUCGCAAUUACCAUUAUCAACACAGGAAAAAACCAGCUUAAAAGAAUGGAUACAUAAUCAAGCAAAAACUUUUCGUACGACUUAUUUCUCAAAUAGUUCUACAACAUCAAAUAUUGCUCUACAAAUUAUACAUCGUUUAGCAACAGCUGUCAAUACAUUACAUGUUGGAAAGGAUCAUGCAGAAAAUACAAAAGCAUUACGUGAUAUAGCAAAUAUAAUUACUAAAGGUGAUGUAACACCAUUUGAAAUGGUUCAUAGUGGUUUAAUAACAAAAUUAUUUCAAUAUUUAACUGAUCAUAUAUCAUCACCCAAUGAUCGUUUAGAUAGAUUAAAAUUAUUUUUAAAUAUAUUUAUCAGUAUACCCUAUGAUAAUUCAGAUGAUUAUGAAAAAGAUUUAAAACAAUUUAUUAUUGAUCUUUAUCAUACACAAUUAAAUAAUGGAAAAUCCAAUCAAACUAUUUUGAGUACUUUAAUUUGUAAACUACAUGGAUGUAUUAAUCAACUUGAACAGUUUCCGAUUAGAGUGAACGAUGUUACUGGUCGACCUGAUCAUAGUUCAGCUCUUCGAUUGAUAUCGACACAUCAACUUAAAUGUAGUCUUGUUCGACAUCCACAAUGUAAAACAUUAAAACAAUGGAAUAGUAGUCCGGUGAAAAUUGAUCCAUUUGCACUUGUAUCAGCUAUUGAAAAAUACUUACUUUUACGUGGUGUUACUAGUGGUUCAUCAAAUGAAGAUUCAUCUGGCAUUGUUGAUGACGAAGAAAGUGAAGUCUCGAAUGAGUCAGAUGCUGAAGAAGUUAUUAAUGUUCUUACUCAUUCGUCAACAAUGAGAAUUGAAUUUUUAAUUAAUGAUCAUGUAAUUCCGAACAACAUGUCUUUAUAUCAAGCAAUUCGAAUGUAUAGUACAUCAACGCAAAGAACAACCGAUGGCGAAUCUGAAACCGAUACAGAUGAAUCAGCAAUUUCAUCCACUGGUAUAUGGACUCGUGUACAUACAAUUCAGUAUCGUCAAUUAACAACUACUUCGUCGACAGUACCUGCUGUUAGUACAGCUAUUGGUGCUGCUAGUACAACGACAUCAUCAGAUCGUUUACGGCACGUAACUAGUAAUCCACAAAGUUCAUCAUCGAAAUCUGCAAAGAAAACAAUUAAAACGACGAAACGUUCAUCGAUGCCACCAACAGUUGAUGAAUUAUGGAUUAAUGGUCAAUGUCCAAAAGUAAAAUCUCUAUUACUAUCAACAUUAAAUGAAUCUAUAGCAUCAAUAUUGACAAUCAAUGAUUUAUCGUUAAAUGCUAUAUCAUUACUUCAUAUAUUAAAUUGUUUAAAUCUUCAUUGGUACGAUCUUUAUUACAAUACAAAUACAAUGUUUAAUUAUCAUAAUUCAUCGUUAACAUUAACAUCAAAAAAUGAAUAUCUAUCAACAAAAUUAACAUCAAAAGUCAAUAGACAAUUGCAAGAUCCAAUUGUUAUUAUGAUGGGACGUAUACCAUCGUGGAUAACAGAAAUGGGUUAUACAUGUUCAUUUCUAUUUCCAUUUGAAACACGACAAAUGAUCUUUUAUCCAUGUGCAUUUGAUCGUGAACGUGCAAUGCAAAGACUUUUGGAUAGUUCAGAUAUGUUAACACAACAUCAUAAUAAUGAUCAAAGCGAUCGACAAUCACUUGUGCCAAGAGUUGAGAGAAAAAAAGUCAAAUUAUCAAGAGUCAAUAUUCUUGCUGAAAUGGAGAAAAUUCUCGAUAGUUGGAAUUCAAAACAUUUCCUAGAAGUUCAAUACGAAGAUGAAGUUGGUUUUGGUCUUGGUCCUACUUUAGAAGCAUUUUCACUAUUAUCAAAAGAAUUACAAAAAAAUGGAUUAGAACUAUGGAGAACCGAUAAGAUCUUUGAAUCACAUAAAGAUAAGGAUAUACCUACACCUGAACAUGUUGAUACUCGUCAAGGUCUUUAUCCUGCACCAUUUGGUCGUAAUGCAAAAGCCAAUGUAAUUACAAAAGUUCGUCAAAAAUUUAAAUUUCUUGGAAAAUUCAUGGCCAAAGCAUUGAUGGAUUCAAGAAUGAUUGAUAUGCCAUUUAGUAUUAUUUUUUUUAAAUGGAUGUUAGGAGAAGAGGAAAGUUUAAAUCUUGAAGAUCUUGUACAUAUUGAUACAAAUCUAUAUGAACAAUUCAAAAAAUUACAAAACAUUGUUUCAAUACGUGAUAAGAUAAUGGUAGUAAAUCAAAUAACAAAUCAACAAACUACAAUAAAUAAAUUAAAUAAUAAAAAACGUUUGAAAUCGAAAGAUGAUUCUCAAGUUGAACAUUCAAUUUAUUCAAACAUAUUCGACGAAAGUGAUCCCAGAUUGUUACUGGAUGGUUGUAAAAUAGACGAUUUAUCACUUGUAUUUACAUUGCCUGGCCAUCCCAAUAUUGAAUUAAAGAAAGGUGGAAAAGAUUGUUUAGUUACAAUUCAUAAUCUUGAUCAAUAUAUUAAUUUGGUUGUACAUUGGACAUUAGUGGAAGGUGUUCGACGUCAAUUCGAAUCAUUUCGCGACGGAUUUAAUUCAAUAUUUCCUAUUCAUCAUUUGAAAUGCUUUUAUCCAGAUGAGCUUCAUCAAGUAUUUUGCGGAUGCGGUUCAACAGAAUUAUGGGAUCUUAAAGUCUUACUGGAAUCAACACGUUGUGAUCAUGGAUAUAAUUUGAACAGUCGAGCAGUGAAAUGGCUUUUUGAUAUAAUGAUUAAUUUUGAUAUCGAUGAGCAAAGAGCCUUUCUACAAUUUGUAACGGGUAGUCCACGAUUACCUGUAGGAGGCUUUCGAAUGCUUCAUCCACCAUUGACAGUUGUUCGGAAAACAGCGGAAAAUAGUAGUGAUAAUACGAGUCCGGACUCAUUUUUGCCUAGUGUUAUGACCUGUGUCAACUAUCUCAAAUUGCCAGAUUAUUCAUCAAAAGAAAUUAUGAAAUUGAAAUUGACGACGGCGAUACGAGAUGGUCAACAUGCAUUUCUAUUAUCUUGA